AUGGCGUUUAGUGCACCGUUUUCAGCACCUCAAAUGGAUUGGGAAACUAACGACUCGAUCUUAGCGUUUGGCAAAUUCAAGCAAAAAUGUGAGCUGAUGUUCAAAAGUAUACUCAAACACGCUGAAGGAGAAGAACAAGUCAGCUAUAUCCUGCUAUGGGUUGGCGAGCAAGGUCUCAACAUCUACAACAGUUGGACAUUCGAGGACGUGAAAGACCAAAAAGACCCAGCGAAUAUUCUCGAUAGAUUUAUGGAACAUUUGGAGCCACGGACAAAUCAUCGAAUUCACAGGUAUACUUUACAAAGUAUGCGACAAGACCAAGGUGAGUCAAUCGAUAAUUUUAUUGCCAAGAUUAAAAAUAUCGCAGCCAAAUGCAAGUUUAAUGGCAAUGAGGAAAUCGAGGACAGAUUAUUAGAUCAACUAAUUUGGGGUACAAAUGAUCCUGAAGUUCAGAAAUCCUUAAUUGGACGCGAUGAAAAACUAACAUUAAAUACUGCCAUAGAUAUUGCUAGAAGUUAUGAAGCAACGAAGCGUCAAAUGAAUUCAUUAUUAAAUCAAAAUAAGGGAAAUCCCCAGCGAAUUGAUAACAUUACUCGCAAGAAAUUGAACGCUGAUAAUAAAAAUUAUAAUAUUAUUCAGUGUAGAAAUUGUGGCAAAACUCACAAACUGCCACAUAAAGGGAACUGUCCAGCCCAUGGUACCACAUGUAGGAAUUGUGGCAAAUUAAAUCACAGGCAAUUAGUAUGCAAAUCACCUAAGAGCCAACAUAGAUCAAAGUCGCCAUACCGAAAAAACAAAAAAUCCAUUAAUAGUCUUGAGAAACAAAAUGAGACUGACCCGUAUGCAGAUAUCCCAACAAUUGGCACUAUUGAAAUAAAUAGUGUGGAAAAUCAUAAUAAUACUACUAGUGAAGAAAUAUUUACUACCCUACGUGUUAACCGUAAGAAUAAUGGAGAUAUAAAUUUAAAAUGCAAAGUAGAUACGGGUGCUCAGAGCAAUGUAUUGCCCAUUCAUUUGUUUCGUGUUCUAUAUCCUGAAUUAAUUAAUGCAGAAGGAAUGCCCAGGGACGGUGCUCUGCAAAGAAGUGAUGUUAUUUUAACUGCAUAUGGGGGAUCUGAGAUUACCCAAUUUGGAAAAAUACUGAUACCAUGUCAACAUAAAAGGGGGAAAUUUAACUGUAUUUUUACAUAACUGAUGCAGUAGGACCAGCUAUAUUGGGAAUAAAAGCGUGUAGAGCCCUUGAACUGGUUUCACUUCAUUGUGCACUGGAAACAAAAAGUGUGCAAGGAAAGAACGUCUCUCGAGAUGUUGCCCAGGGGCCUAGGAAAGAGGAAGUAAAGCCCAGUAAGACUGUUAGAUUUGCAGAUCAAGCAAAGAUAAUAAAUCAGCAACAAAAUCGGUCCAGAAAUUAUAUUAAACCUUCUGUGCCAAUAACAAGCCGUCCUCGUAUAAAGGACAAAGAGCAUCUGAUUGAGAUGUACCCAGAAUGUUUUGACGGGUCAGUUGGAUGUUUUGAAGAUUACACUUACCAUAUUACCCUAGAUCCUAAAGUUCAACCAGUUGUUCAUGCACCUCGCAGAGUACCAUUAGAACUGGUAGAUAAACUAAAUUUCGAACUUAAUGAGAUGGAAAAGAACGGGGUAAUAGAAAAAGUAACAAAACCUACCGAUUGGGUUAAUUCUAUAGUUAUAAGAGAAAAGCCCAAUGGAAGACUUCGUUUAUGUCUUGACCCUAAAGACUUGAAUGAAGCAAUCAUGAGGGAUCAUUACCCAACACCCACCUUAGAGGAAAUCACCCCAAAGUUAGCUGGAGCUAGGGUAUUCAGCAAAAUAGAUGCUCGUAACGGAUACUGGAAUGUUAAGUUGGAUGACGAAUCAUCCUAUCUAACCACUUUCAACACACCGAAUGGUCGUUAUAGAUUCCUUAGGAUGCCAUUUGGUCUUCGAAUGAGCCAAGAUGUUUUUCAAUUCAAGAUCGAUGAAACUUAUCGGAACUGUCCUGGUGCUACUGGGAUCGCAGACGAUAUCACAGUCCAUGGCCGAGAUGAAUCAAAUCACGAUCUACAUCUUCAUGAUGCAAUGGAACGUACAAGAAUGGCUGGCAUCAAACUCAACCAAGAGAAGUGCAUCAUCAAGACGUCCGAAUGCAGUUUUUUUGGUAUGGUAUACACCUCGAGUGGAGUCAAACCAGAUCCAGAGAAGGUCAUAGCCAUACAGAACAUGGAACCACCCAAAGAUAAGAAAGAACUUCACACGUUCCUUGGUAUGGUCAACUACUUGGCGUCAUUUAUGCCUAACUUGGCAAGUCACAUGGCACCUUUGAGGGAGUUACUCCGGGAUAACGUGGAUUACCAAUGGUCCCCGUCCCAUACAAGAGCUUUUGACAUACUCAAGUGUCAAAUAAGCACAGAAACUACACUUUCCUACUACGACAGAAGCAAACCAGUUGUGCUACAAGUAGACGCAUCAAGUAAAGGCUUGGGAGCCGUCUUAUUACAAGAGAAUAAGCCCAUUGCCUUUGCAUCGAAAGCCCUAACUCCUGCUGAGAGUCGGUAUGCCAACAUCGAGCGUGAGUUAUUAGCGGUGGUGUAUGGUUGUGAGAAGUUUCACACAUACUUAUAUGGAAGGCAAUUUGUUGUGGAAAGUGAUCAUCGUCCUUUGGAACAGAUCCAGAAGAAGAAUCUCGACAUGGCACCUCCUCGACUUCAACGAAUGCUCCUACGCUUGCAACCAUACGAUUGUAUCAUCAAAUAUAAGCCAGGCAAAGAGAUGGUGAUAGCAGAUACACUUUCGAGACUGUCACCAAGGGAGGGAGACGAAAUCCCUGGAAUGCAAGUGAAAAUUCAUCAUCUAGUGGAGUUCUCACCUGUCGAACUCCAACAGAUAAAAGACGAAACUGCUAAAGAUGGAACUCUUCAAAUCCUCACCGAGCAAGUUAUGCAAGGGUGGCCUGAUAGCAUAAAGAAAACUCAGCAAGCAAUAAAGCCUUACUGGAAUAACCGAGAUGAUAUCUCUAUUCAAGAAGGAGUUCUACUAUUAGGAAGUAGAAUAAUUGUUCCAAAAUCACUCCGGCAGAAGAUAUUGCAAGAAAUCCACAGUGGUCAUCAAGGGAUGGAGAAGUGCAAACUCCGCGCAAAAUCCUGUGUCUAUUGGCCUGGUAUAUAUAAAGAGAUUGAGAAUAUGGUGGCGUCCUGUUGUGCCUGCAAGAAAUUCCAGAAUUCUCAGCAGAAGGAGCCCAUGAUUCCAAGUGAAGUACCGCCAAGACCAUGGCACACUGUGAGUGCAGACCUGUUCAAGGUAAAUAAUUUCUGGUACAUAGUUAUCGCUGACUAUUAUUCGAAGUUUCCAUUCGUGAAGAAGUUGAAUAAUCUAACAGCAACCACUGUAGUUAAUGUGGUUAGAUCAAUAUUUUCUGAGCAAGGCAUACCAGAAACUCUGAUUUGUGAUAAUGGAACCCAAUUCACUUCUGCCCAAUUUCAAGACCUAGCUAAGAGAUAUGGUUUCAGAGUGGUGACUUCGUCACCGUACUACCCAAAGGGUCAUGGCUUCAUUGAGAGACAGGUCCAAACUGUGAAGAAGAUCCUGUUGAAAUGCAAAGAAUCAGGAACUGAUCCUAGUCUUGCAUUGCUGUCGUUACGUUCUACACCGUUAAGUGCAACACUCAAAUCUCCAGCAGAACUACUAAAUGGAAGAAUGUUCAAGACAACAUUACCAGUAAAGAUUCAUCCACCAAACGAUUGGCACAAAACCAGAGACUUGUUAUUAACACAACAAAAGAAACAAGUCAAUCUAUAUAACAGGGAUUCGAAAGAGAAACCAAAUCUCUUUCAAAAUCAAGCUGUACAAGUUCAAGACCCUCUGAAAAAAACAUGGAGUCCAGCGAGAGUAGUUGGGUUCGGACCAACUCCUCGUUCCUAUAUUACAGAGGAUGAAUCCGGAGUUCAAAUACGGAGGAAUAGACAGUUAAUCAAGCCUGACAUCCAGAAGACACCUGGACUAACACGUCCUGCAGCUGUGAAAGAUAACCACAGUGAAAAGAGAAAUGAUGAGAUACCUGAUCGACCAGAAGUUCGAACACGCUCAGGUCGUAUAAUUAAAAAGCCGGAUAGGCUAAUGUAUAAGUAG